AUGCUUUGGUCCAUCAAACAGCCCACUAGUAGCGAAAAUGCUUCAUCGUCUUACUACAAGCCCAACAUUGCUAUCCAGGGUCGACGGCUCAGCUGUGUUGGACAGAGGUAUUUUCGAGCAAAGAGAUACAGCCUCCGUUCUCAUACCACUUGUCUGGUGUUCCGCGCUGUUAUGUGUGCAUGA